AUGCCCAUUAACAAAGAACGCUCUUAUGAGCUUCAUUAUUUUCCUAUUCAUGCACUAGGUGCCACGUCACGUGCCAUUCUCGCAAUAUCAGGCGCAAGCUGGAGCGAGCGCAUUCAAUCUUUUGAGACAUGGAAAGAGGAUAAAUCUUUGACUAUGUUUGGCUCUCUGCCAAUCCUCACAGUUCGCGAUACUCGCCAGGACGACAGUACAGAAACCAUCCUAACCAUUCCUGAGGCAGAUGUGAUUGAACGAUAUUUGGCUAAAGAAUUUGGACUCUUUGGUUCGACACCAGAGGAAGAACUUCAAAUAGCGAUUUUCCUCUCUCAAACUACCACAAUUCAUAAUGUCUGGGUUUUUCGAGUGGUUCCAGUAUCAGAACCCGUGAGGGAUCAAGUCAUGAAGGCUUUUCUAGAAAUCUCACUCAAGAACUGGAUUUGGAACUGUGAAAAGUAUUUAGCAUCGAACGGAUCGAAUGGACAUUUUGUAAGAGAUAAGUUCUCGUUGGCGGAUAUCAAGACUGCAGUGUUGUUGGAUAUGUUUAUGGCUGUAGAUACGGAGAGCGAAUACCUGAGUGCAGAAAAAAGUCCAGGGUUGUGGAAGGUGAAGGAGCUGGUGGACACGCAUCCUCGCUAUGCCGCCUAUCGAAAAUCUGAAGCGUUUAAGAGGCAGGAUGAAUUGACAAGAACCAAGGUUGUGCCGAACAUUGCAAGAUUUGACAUGACAAGGGCACAUGUCUUUGGAUGAACGGG